AUGGUAAUAGAAGCUAUUAUUCUCGGUGGUUGUAGUUUACUCUUGACUGCUAUUAAUAUUGUUUGUAUCAUCAGCAUGGCGUUGAUUAUUCUUCGUAUCAAAGAAGUUGUUCCACUUCAUCAAGAUAAUGAAGAUAUAAAGGAAUUUUUUCAUCAUGAUGUAAAACUUGCGCGAGAUUACAACAAGAUCAUAUAUGAUACUGAAAGUAUUACAGGUGCUAAUCAUUUGGCAACACCAAGAUUUAGUGUAUCAAAUCUCAAUAAAUCGAUUAGUAGUUUCUUGAAAUCAAGGAGAACAAACCCAACUCAUCCAGAUAAACGAUUAUCAAGUCACACUGAUCUACCCUCACAUAUAGACUCGAGCACUUUCGCCGAUUUGAACGAUUUACAAAUGCUAGCCAAAGACUUUAACCUAGAUAUCUUCAAUGCAACAGAUCGUCAGCUAACUGCUCCAGACAGUGAAGUAAAAGUGUUAUGUUUGGUCAAUGAUCUUCUCGAUAUGUGCGAAGAAAAUCCACCAUCUUUUGCAGAUUUUUAUCGUUUUCAACCGUACGGUGUUCAGAAAUCUGCCCAAGAGGAACAAAUAUCAUUCUAUGAAAGUAUUAUCAAACAUCUUCCUCCAAAAUGGCAUGAUCUAUUCGAUGUUGAACUGCAACGACGUUUACAUACACACAAUUUAGAAAAACAGCGAUCGAAUUCGGUGUGUACAAUGACAAUUCAAUCACGUAGUCGUUCAUCAUCGCAUGGAUCGUUUAACCAACCUUAUCUAGAAAGCAAACUCGUUCGGUUUCAAAGAAAACUAUCAGGAUCAAAAAUAAACUCCGAUUGUAUCGGUAUUAUAAACAACCAAGAGGAGUUCUCUGAUGAAACCAAUGAAUCACAGAAAAAACAUAAAGAAUCACGUUUUUAA